AUGGAUUUAUUAUUGCAUUAUCAAUUAAUUCAAAGAUUAUUCCUAUGUAUUAAAUACCAAAAAAAUAAGAAAAAUCUAGGAAUACUCGAUUGUUUGAACGAUGAAAUGGCGAUUGAUCUAUUAUAUGUUUGUAAAGGUCCAAGUAUCGGUUGUCAUUUGGAGCUUUUGGAAAUUAGAUAUUAUGAUCGCAUCACGAAUACCAACUUCAUCUCUGUAUUUCAAUUGAAAGCACCUGCACUAUCAUAUAUGCUUGCAGAUUCGGGAAGAAAUUAUUAUGGGGAUGAUGAUGAAAGCAAAAUGAUAGUCGGUGAUGGGGCACGAAUGAUUGCGAUGUAUAAACUUUUUCGGAAAG